UUAAAAUAUUCUAAGUCCUUACUCUUACUUCGAAGUAGGUGCAUACUCUUUGAGUAUCUCUUGAAAUAAAUACAAAAAAAUACACUUCUGUGCUUCUGCUCAUGUUAGUGUUAUUAAUCCAAAGAAUGUUUAAGAGAAAUCUCUUUAAAUAAUAUGGUUAAAAAUAGUUGUUGAGUCCGGCACCCCGUUUUUGCGAUAGAUAACACUAUACAUACAAGUGUUGCAGCGAAUGACAAAAUGGAACCGCCAACUGCAGGAACGAGUUCUCCUGGGCUUAUAAGUGCUGCACCUUUAUUACCACCUCCGAUGCUGAGUGGUAUACCUCCACCCAUACCUCCAGCAGUAGCAUUGCCACCAGUUCCUGGGAUGUCUACUAACAUGCCAGCUCUACAACCACCAAUGGGAUUUCCACCUAUUAUACCACCUUUUACUAUGCCUCCUCCUGGAUUUCCGCCAUUUAAAGCAGAUCUUGGAGCACCUGCUCCAGAUGUAACACCAUUGGCAAAUCAAAGUAGCCCAUGGUCUGAACACAAGGCUCCAGAUGGUCGAACAUAUUACUACAAUUCAGUUACAAAACAAAGCUUAUGGGAGAAGCCUGAUGACUUGAAGACUCCAGCGGAGAAAUUAUUAUCAUCAUGUGUAUGGAAAGAGUACACAACUGAUGCAGGAAGAGUUUAUUAUCACAAUAUAGAGACUAAAGAAUCCAGUUGGAUUAUUCCUACAGAACUGCAAGAGAUUAAAGACAAAAUAGCUGCAGAAGAAGCCGCACAAGCAGCUCUAAAUGCAGAUAUACCUCCCGGGGAAGUGCCUCUGCCAAUGUCCCCGGCAACUAUGCAGCCCAGUUCCGGCAGCUCUGCUCUAGAUGAGGCUAUGGCAAAAACGCUCGCUGCCAUUGAUCCUAAUUUGGCUAAUAGCAUACCCAUACCAGAAGAAAUUAAACCUGAAGAAAUAGUGGCCCCACCACAAGUAAAUGGCACAGAAAAUACAGAACCAACUCAAGAACUACCAUACAAAGAUAAAAAGGAAGCUAUAGAAGCAUUCAAAGAACUGUUACGAGAAAGGAACGUACCAUCAAAUGCAACAUGGGAGCAAUGUGUAAAGAUAAUUUCAAAGGAUCCCCGUUAUAUCACUUUCAAGAAGCUAAAUGAGAAAAAACAGGCUUUCAAUGCAUAUAAGACACAGAAACUUAAAGACGAGAGAGAAGAGCAAAGGUUGAAAACGAAAAAGAACAGGGAAAAUCUGGAAGAGUUCUUACUGUCUUGUGACCGUGUUACAUCAUUGACAAAGUAUUACAAGUGCGAAGAAAUGUUUGGAAAUUUAGAGAUAUGGCGAUGCGUUCCUGACUCUGACCGGAGAGAUAUUUACGCGGAUUGUAUCUACACGAUUGCUAAACGCGAAAAAGAAGAGGCUAAAGCGCUCAAGAAAAGGAAUAUGAAGAUGUUAGCACAAGUUUUAGAAAACAUGAAUGAAAUAACAUACUGCAGUACAUGGAGCGAAGCUCAAGUUUUGCUUUUAGAAAAUUCUGCUUUUAAAAAUGAUGUCAGUUUACUGGGCAUGGAUAAAGAGGAUGCUCUUAUAGUGUUUGAACAGCACAUUAGAAACUUAGAGGCUGAAUAUUUACAAGAAAAAGAACAGGUUAAAAAACGGAACAAACGACAACAGCGGAAGAAUAGAGAUAACUUUUUGGCGCUGCUGGACAAUCUUCAUGAAGAAGGCAAGCUGACGUCAAUGUCUUUGUGGGUAGAGCUCUAUCCAGUUAUAUCUGCUGAUAUUCGUUUCUCUGCAAUGCUGGGUCAAAGUGGAUCAACACCCUUAGAUUUAUUUAAGUUUUAUGUAGAAAACUUAAAGGCCCGUUUCCACGAUGAGAAGAAAGUUAUAAAAGAGAUAUUAAAAGAGAAGGCUUUCGAAGUGAAGCCCGACACCACCUUCGAGGAGUUCGCGACUAUCGUGUGUGAGGACAGCAAGUCUGCGUCACUGGACGCCGGCAAUGUCAAACUGACGUACAACUCACUGCUAGAGAAGGAAAUUUUACAGGCAGAGGCGCGUAAUAAGGAGAAAAUAAAGGAAGAAUCAAAAGCGCAGAAGAAAAUUGAGAGCGCGUUCAAAUGGGCGUUGAGCGAUGCCAACGUGGACCACCUGCUGCCCUGGAGCGAAGUCAAAGAGAAGCUGGAUCUCACCGCGCCCGAGUUCACGGCCGUGCCCGACGAGGAGGAUCGCAUUAGAAUAUACAAAGACUUUCAGCACGAGCAGGAGGACAGCUGCAUGCACUACCACCACCCCAAGUCGCGCAAGGCCAAGCGCUCCAAGAAGAAGAAACGUUCGCGCUCUGGUUCAUUGUCGGGAUCGGCAUCGGGGCGUUCACCGUCGCCGGCGGGUAGCGCGGGCACGUGGAGCUCGGACGAGCGCAAGCACAAGAAGCCCAAGAAGAAGCACCGCAAGCACUCUCCGCAACCGCAGAAAUCCCCUACUCCGGAGGAGGGCGGCAUAUCGGAGGAGGAAGUAUCACGGCACAAGAGCAAGAAGGCGAAGCGCAGCGCGCCCAGCAGCGGUGACGAGCACGAGGCCACGCACAAGCCCAAGAAGAAGAAGGACAAGAAGGAGAAGAAAGAGAAAGUGGGCGGGUCCGGCGUGUGGAGCGACGCGGAGCUGGAAUCGCGUCGUGCGGCGUUGCUGGCGCAGCUACACGAGCACGAGACCGACUGACGUUGCGUCACGCACAUACACAUCUUCAACGACUACCCGCCGCGGCCGCCGCACGCCGCACCCUCACAAACACCUGCCGCCGUUGCCCUCGCCGCGCCCGCCCACACCGCUCUCGCCCACACCGCUCUCGCCCACACCGCUCUCGCCCACACCGCUCUCGCCGACCAGCGACAAUAUGAAUCCGAGCCAGAAGCGGACCCAGAAACAUAGACGAUAUUAAAGUGAUGUGUUAUUGCUAUAGACAAUUUAUAACGUAGAUUAUGUUGCGUAUAUUAUUGACGAUAAAAGUGCACAUAUUUUAGAGUGCUUAACUCAAUCAUUUAAUUUCAAGGGAAUGUUGUAAAUAUGAAUUUCAGUUUACAAUGAUUUAGGUCCAGUAGCAAUUUACAAAUUUUCUAUGAAGUUAGAUUUCUAUGAUACUUUUAAAAAGUAUAUUUAAGGUAAGUUUAUAUUUAAAAGUUAGUUUCUCAUAGAUUGUAGCAGAAAUGGGAGGCAAAUUUGAUUUUGCCUUUUGUAAAUAUAUAAACUUUAGGAUAAUAGUACUGGUUUAGUAUAUGACAGUCAUCAUGAGUGUAGAUGGCAUUGAGAGUCAAAAUGGCCUAAUAAAAGUAAUGGUUGAUAAUGUUUUAAAAAUUACAAUUGAAGAAGAUGCAUUUUAUAUACUGUAUUCAAAUCCAGACCAUUAACCAUAGAACUAUAAAUUACAAUUUACGAUAAAACUCGUAAAUUCCAAAAUAUUUCUGUAAAACAUAUUUUCUCAUAUAACUUUGUAGUUU